AUACCUCGUAUUUGGGCGCCCAAUCGCAGGGAGAGGAUGAGGGCGCAUAUGCUCUCCAUCCUCCUCGUCGCCACCACCUUCCUCACCAGCUCCGACGCCACCGACACCAUCGACCAGACCACGACCAUCACCGGCAACCAGACGCUCGUCUCGGCUGGUGGAAUCUUCCGGCUCGGCUUCUUCACUCCACCCGGCAGCUCCGACGGCGGAGCCUACAUCGGCAUUUGGUACGCGAGCAUCCCUGUACAGACCGUCGUGUGGGUGGCCAACCGCCAGAACCCGGUGGUCAGAUCCCCCGGCGUCCUCAGGCUCUCCCCCGACGGCCACCUCGUCAUCAUCGACGGCCAGAACACCACCGUCUGGUCCUCCGCCGCGCCCACCAAAGCCAUGACCAGCCGCGCCACCGCCCAGCUCCUCGACAGCGGCAACUUCGUCCUCAGCUCCGACGGGAGCGGCGCGCCCCGGAGCGUGGCGUGGCAGAGCUUCGACUACCCGACGGACACGCACCUCCCCGGCAUGAGGCUCGGGGUGGACCUCAAGGCCGGCAUCGCCAGGAACAUCACGUCCUACAGAAGCCCGACGGACCCGGCACCCGGGACCUACACGUUCAAGCUGGUCAUGGGCGGGAUGCCGGAGUUCUUCCUCUUCCGCGGCGCCGAGAAGAUCUACGCGAGCGGGCCGUGGAACGGCGCCUCGCUCACCGGCGUGCAGGACAAGUCCGAGGGCUACACCUUCACCAUCGUGUCCAACCCCGACGAGACCUACUACGCCUACAGCAUGACCGACCCGUCGAUGCUCUCCCGGUUCGUCGUCGACGGCACGUCGGGGCAGCUGCAGAGCCUGGUGUGGGGCGACGGCGCCUGGAGCACCUACUGGUACUACCCGGCCGACCCCUGCGACAGCUACAACAGGUGCGGGGCGUUCGGGUACUGCGACAUGAGCCAGGCCACGAGGUGCAGCUGCCUGCCGGGGUUCAGGCCCAAGUCGGAGCAGCAGCGGAUCCUCGGCUGCGUCAGGAAGACCGACCUGAGCAGCUGCCCCGGCGCCGGGGACGGGUUCUGGCCGGUGAACCAGAUGAAGCUGCCGGACGCCACCAACGCGACGGUGCACGCCAAAAUGACUCUUGACGAUUGCAGGCAGCUGUGCCUGGGAAGCUGCAGCUGCACCGCGUACUCCGCCGCCAACGUGAGCGGCGGUGUCAGCCGCGGGUGCGUCAUCUGGGCCGUCGAUCUGCUUGACAUGAGGCAGUACACGGUGGUCGUCCAGGACGUGUACAUCCGGCUCGCGCAGUCUGAGGUGGAUGCCUUGACCGCCGCUGCCAAACAUCCAAACAGGAGAGUGGUGAUCGGCGUCAGCACCGCUCUUUCCGGUUUGCUUCUUCUGGGGGCGGUUGUCUACUACUUUUUCUGGAGGAACAAGGCGAGCACGAAGCGUCAGGACGAAAUGGCACCGAGUAUUAGGGCCGAGCCAGACGUGCCUCCUGGGGCCAGGAAACAUUCAGCACUGAGAACAGCACAGGAUCGCCUGAUGAAUGAGAGCAGGAUGAGCAGCGAAAAAGAUCUUGAGCUUCCGUUGUUUGAUCUAGAAGUGAUUCUAGCUGCAACGGACAACUUCUCUGCAGACCGCAAGAUAGGACAAGGUGGAUUUGGCCCUGUUUAUAUGGCAAAACUUGAAGAUGGGCAAGAAGUAGCUGUAAAAAGGUUAUCCAAGAAAUCAGUACAGGGGGUUGUGGAAUUCAAGAACGAGGUAAAACUGAUAGCAAAGCUUCAACAUAGGAACCUGGUGAGGCUGCUAGGCUGCUGCAUCGACGACCACGAGAGAAUGUUAGUGUACGAGUUCAUGCACAACAACAGCCUAGACACAUUCAUAUUUGAUGAAGGAAAGCGCAAGUUACUAGAAUGGAAGAGCCGUUUUGAGAUCAUUCUGGGGAUUGCACGGGGUCUGCUAUAUCUCCAUGAGGAUUCAAGGGUGAGGAUCAUCCAUAGGGAUCUGAAGGCAAGCAAUGUGUUAUUAGACAGAAAUAUGAUCCCCAAAAUCUCAGAUUUUGGCAUCGCAAGAAUGUUCGGAGGUGAUCAGACAACUGCAUAUACCGCGAAGGUCAUUGGGACAUACGGCUACAUGUCUCCGGAAUAUGCAAUGGAUGGCGUGUUCUCUAUGAAAUCUGAUAUCUACAGCUUCGGUGUCCUGACGCUGGAGAUCAUCACUGGAAAGAAGAAUCGAGGCUUUUACGAUGAAGAGCUUGAUCUGAACCUCCUCGGCUAUGCAUGGAAGUUGUGGAAAGAAGGCCAGGGUGUGGAUUUACUGGAUGAAGCAAUGGGAGACACCAUUGACCACAGCGUAGCGCUCAGAUGCAUACAGGUUGCUCUCCUGUGUGUUGAAGUGCAUCCUCGGAACAGGCCACUGAUGUCUUCAGUUGUCACGAUGCUGAGCAGUGAGAACGCAACAUUGGUAGAGCCAAAUGAACCUGGGGUAAACAUUGGGAAGAGCACGUCAGACACGGAUUAUUCGCAAACUCAUACUGCAACCAAUUUUACGGGAACUGCAGUAGAUGCUAGGAUACACCAACUGUAAACACAAAGUCUACAAGGAGAUACCCGCUCGCCUCGCUGGUCGCUAUACUGGCCUUGAU